CACACCCCUGCCCUGCCUCACCCCCCUCUCUUCCAGGGACCCUCCACACCACACCCAUGGCCUGCUACGACCUCUGCCGACCCUGCGGACCCACCCCGCUGGCCAACAGCUGCAACGAGCCCUGUGCCCUGCAAUGCCAGGACUCCCGCGUCGUUAUCCAGCCUUCCCCUGUGCUGGUCACCCUGCCAGGACCCAUCAUGACCUCCUUCCCCCAGAGCACCGCCGUCGGAUCCACCUCCUCGGCUGCCGUGGGCACUGAACUCAAUGCCCAGGGACAGCCCAUCUCUGGGGGAUUUGGUGGCUUUGGCUAUGGGCUGGGCUAUGGCCGUGGAUUUGGCUAUGGGCUGGGCUGUGGCUACGGGCUGGGAGGCCUGGGCUGCUAUGGCAGAAGGGGCGGCUACAACUGCUGAGAGCACUCAGCACCAUAUCUGACAGCACCAGAUCACUGCUCUGGCAACAGCUCCUGCAAGCCAAGUACCUUGGCUGAUGGUCGCCCUACUUGCACUUUAUACUGGAUCUCUUCUUCU